UGACGUUUGUAAAUGUCAACUUUUGACAGUGAUAGCUGUGAAAAGUUCCAAUCUGGGAUAUCUAUAACAUUCCCAAUACUUUUCCCAAUUACAUAAUAUAAAAUUAAAAGGAACUUGGAAGCGAUGGCAACAAAUAUUGCGAAAAAAUCCCUCUUCCGAGCCAUCGGGACCCGGGGAUACGCUCAACUGGCCCCAGUGAGCGGUACAACGAAUUACGAUUUAAAAAUCAACACUUUACCGAAUAAACUGGUGGUUGUCUCCGCGGAAAAUGAAUCACCCAUUGCCAGAGUGUCCAUAAUAUUUAGGGCCGGAGCAAGAAAUGAAACAAAUGACAACUUGGGUGCCAGUCACGUUAUAAGAGUGGCAGCUGGUCUGUCUACAAGAAAUUGCUCCCAGUUUGCUAUCACUCGUAAUAUCCAGCAACUUGGUGCUAACUUGACUGCCACCUCUGACCGUGAAACCAUUUCUUACACUUUGGAGGGAACCAGAAACGCUGUGGAGGCGGCUUUGCCUUUUUUGACUGAGGUUGCCACCCAGCAAGUGUUUAAACCUUGGGAAGUGGCCGAGCUGGCCAGUAGACUUAGGUUGGAGCUGGCUAUAAGACCCUUACAGUUGAGGGCUGUGGAUUUGUUGCAUAAAGCAGCGUUCCGUACUGGCCUGGGCAACUCUCUGUUUGUGCCCAAAUUCCAGAUUGGGAAAAUGUCUUCUGAAACUUUACAACAUUAUGUGACCAGCAAUUUCACUUCUGGCAGGGGUGCUGUGGUCGGUUUGGGUUUGGAGCCUUCUAAAGUGCAACAUUUAGCUCAGACUUUGAGUUUGGACACUAGUGACGGAAUUAACAAUACCAGCCCUUAUAAAGGCGGUGAAAUCAGGUCAGACAAGGGCGGAGACUUUGCAUUUGUCGCCAUUGCCGGAGAAGGAGCCAGUAUUAAAAACACGAAAGAAGCCCUGGCGGUAUCUGUGCUCCAAAAAGUGCUCGGAGGCGGUCCUAAAAUCAAGUGGAGCGCCCUCGAUAACGGUUUACUAAACCGUUCAAUCGCAGGCAGUACGAUCGAAGGAUUCGCCUCGCAAGGCAUCAACGCCAACUACUCGGACACCGGAUUGGUGGGCGUCCUACUGGCCGCCCCCGCCCGCUCCGCCGGCAAACUAGUCGAAGGAGCGGUGAAAGUUUUAAAAGGCGGCAACGUGACCGACGCGGACGUUUCCCGCGGUAAAAAUCAACUGAAGGCCGAACUGUUACUCGAGAUGGAGAGCGGCCGUAAGGCCGCCCAGGUUAUUGGAAAUCAGGCGGUUUUGACCGGGGCCGCCCUUUCCCCGUGCGAGUUGUCCGCCUGCGUCGAUUCGGUUUCUACUAGUGACGUGCGUGCCGCUCUCCAAAAGGCAGGCAAGAAGCUCACCAUUGCAUCAGUAGGAAACCUUUCCAAUGUUCCUUAUGCCGAUGAAUUAAAGUAAAUAACUAACUCUAGCUUUUCUCUGUAAAUUAUUAAUAAGUUAUUUUGUAAUAUAAUUUAUGUCCUUCAUAUUAUAACUGGGGCAUUUAAUAAAGUUUCCUUUUAUUGUUCA